CCGGAAGAAAGACGCACAAUCCCCGAGCGUCUUGCCAUGUAAAGCUUACAUUUAUUUAAAAGGGGCCGGCGCUUGUGCGAGGCUCCUCCGGGAGAUGGCUACUAUAAUCUAUAUAAACACCAGCGCCUGCCGCAUGCUCGGUGACUUAUGAACGCCCAGAGCAUCAUUCUAUUUUCACAUGAACCUUCGAGCGUCGGCACUCGCUUCCUUCUCCUACCAGGCCAAGCGAGUAAAGGGCCUGUAAGCUUCACAAGUUCUUUGGAUAUCACCUUCAUCGGAACCGCAAUGGCCAUCAUCGACUUCGAUAGCGUAACCUUCCUCACAGACCCGAUGUUUACCCCAGCAGGAUGGAAUGGGACACAGAAAUCGCCGUGCUCAAGAACACUGAGUCACGGGGCUUAGGCUUAAAGAAGCUUCCGCCGAUCGACGCCAUGUAGCUCAGCCACGAGCACCACCCAGGUAACCUCGACGAGUUGGGCCAUCGCGUUCACACGGCCGCAAAGUCUUGACCAAUAGCUAUGGACCCGCAAGUUCACUGCCAAACUGCUGCAGGCGCUGAACUCUGAUGUCCUUGUUCCGGUGCACUGAGAGUCUUGACGGUUUUUUCCUUAACUUCGAAAGGAACUUGCGCAGGCCCUUGAAGCUGCAGGUGUACAGC